AUGAAGGUGCUGGUCGCGCUGGACGACAGCGGCGGGAGCCACCACGCGCUAGACUGGGUGCUACGCUGCCUUUUCCCCGUCGGCGAUCAGCCGGCAACGGAAGAGGCCCGGCCUGAUCUGGUGCUCGUCCACGCGCUGGAGCCGCUCCACCACGCCAUGUGCCCGGUCGGCGGGACAGGGUCCGCGGUGUACGGCGCGCCGUCGAUCAUGCAGUCGGUGCGAGCGGCGCGGAAGGAAAGCGCGCGCAACCUGCUCGACAGGGCCAAGCGGGUCUGCCACACACGAGGGGUGAGCGCGGCGGCGGUGCUGGUGGAGGGGGAGUCCAGGGAGGCGCUGUACCGCGCCGCGGAGGACGCGGGCGCCGGCCUGCUCGUCGUGGGCAGCCGUGGGCUCGGCGCCGUCGGGAGGGCGUUCCUGGGGAGCGUGAGCGACUACUGCGUGCACCACGCGAGGUGCCCCGUCAUGGUGGUCCCGCCGCCGCCCGUCGACAAGGAUGGCCAGCGGAUGGGAUCAUCUCCAAUCAGAUGCCAGUCACCAUGUUUUCAACAGGGGUGCUUAAUGGCCGAAUGAUCGUCCCGCGAUUUGUCAUCGGGGCUUUUCACUGCCCGUAUGUCUAUGUUCGAUGUUCUAGCUUGUUGCCACUGUCAACAGAUCGAGGAGCGUUCAUUAAUAAAAUUCACCAUGAUUGAUGUCAA